GGAUGCUCAGCAGUCACGCAGAAAGUUUAGCUGCACUUUCCUCCGCGUAAAGUGACGGUGAGCACUGUCGUAACCCCACUCGGGUAAAUGGUGCUUCUCAAGGGGCUCAUCGAAAAUGGAGUUACUAGUUCGGUAUCUGGACAGGAGCAACUCUAUUGGCUCUGACACAACUCAAGAUCUUAUCAAGGAAGAGAGCCUGAGAGAUGACCUGAGGUACUACUUCAUGAGCCCCUGUGAGAAGUACAGGACCCGUCGACACAUACCAUGGAAAAUGGGGGUCCAGAUUUUGAAGAUUGUCAUGAUCACUACUCAACUCAUUCUGUUUGGCCUCAACAACCAGCUAGUGGUUGCCUAUAAGGAGGAAACUACCAUGGCCCUGAAAAACCUUUUCCUGAAAGGCUACACUGGAGUGGAUGAGGAUGACUAUAGUAUUGCUGUCUACACGCAGCAUGCCGUCUUCGACAGGCUGUUUUACGUCCUUGAUCAGUAUAGCCAGCUGGACCAGCUCUCUGUGGGGCCGAUCAGUUAUGCUGAGGAUGAAGAUGGAAAGCUGCUGCCUCUCACCAUCUGUAAAGAGUACUACAAAAGAGGCAGCCUUGAGCCUUCUACUGAGUCUUAUAAUAUUGAUGCCCGGCUAGAAACAGUCUGCAUGUCACAUGAUCCAAGGACUGCGAACAUGUGGAGAAUCCAGAAUACAUCAUUUUUCGAUUUGGACUUUUACAGGCUUGUUGACAUCAAAAUAACGUUGCAGCUGAAGGGAAUCAACCUGCAGACAGUUCGACACCGGGAGCUACCUGACUGUUAUUCCUUCUAUGUUACGAUCACAUUUGAUAACCAGUGUCAUAGUGGGAAAGUAAAGUUAUUUCUGGAUAUAGAUGCUGAAAGCAGUGCAUGCAAAGACUGGAAGAUAUCUGGAACAGCUCAGAAGAACACGCAUUAUCUGCUGGUGUUUGAUGCCUUCGUCAUUCUGGUUUGCAUAACAUCAGCCGCAUUAUGCACCCGCUCUAUCAUACUGGCUGUCAGGUUACUCCAGAGAUUCUCACAAUUCUUUCAAGAGCACUUCCAUCGGAAAGUGUGUGAAGAUGACCAGAGUGAGUUUCUAAAUGGCUGGUAUGUGUUGGUCAUCAUCAGUGACCUGCUGGCAAUAAUUGGAUCAAUACUGAAGAUGGAAAUUCAAGCAAAGAGUCUGACAAGUUAUGAUGUCUGCAGCAUCUUCCUUGGAACCUCUACAUUACUGGUAUGGGUUGGUGUGAUCAGGUACCUGGGAUACUUCCAGAAAUAUAAUGUCCUGAUUUUAACAAUGAAGGCAGCCUUUCCUAAAGUUCUUCGUUUCUGCUGCUGUGCUGGCAUGAUCUACCUCGGUUACACGUUCUGCGGGUGGAUUGUACUGGGACCGUACCACGAAAAGUUCGAGGGCCUGAGUCGGGUUGCAGAGUGCCUCUUCUCCUUACUGAAUGGGGACGACAUGUUUACCACCUUUGCCCAGCUAAAGGACAAGAAUACCCUGGUGUGGCUCUUCAGUCGGGCUUACCUUUACUCCUUCAUCUCCCUGUUCAUCUACAUGGUGUUGUCCCUUUUCAUCGCUCUCAUCACAGACUCUUAUGAGACAAUUAAGAACUACCAGAGGCAUGGGUUCCCGUUGACUGACUUGCAAAAGUUCCUUCAGGGUCAUAAAGAUUUUCCUGUGCAGGAAGAAAAUGGCCAAACAGAAGUUGAGCUCAGUAACUCUAUAAACCGCUGCUGCUGCUGCCAACGGUACGACAGCAAUGCCAAGAUACUUCACUAAUGUUCAAACCCUUAUGAUGGAAAAUGUGUGUAUGGAACAUGAAAUCCAUUUUGAGUCAUGUGCCUACCUGAGAUUUACAAGUUGAUCCUAAAUGUCAUAACUCUGGUGCCUCUGGGGUCAUACACCUCCACCUUUCUCAGCUCUUCCUCUUGAUAAGGUUUUGCUCUCCAAGUGGUACUUGUUAGUUUCAUUUGCAAACAUGGAUGGUUGUUACAAGUUGAGCUGUAAUGCUGACAUUUUGCGUUGAGCCUGAUAUGGAAAUGAAUUGCUUGAUGGUUGGAAAAUAAAACUGAGAUAAAAAUGG